GCUGGAGAUUUAAAUAAUCCUUUAGAGAAUUUCUGAGAGUACCAGAGGCUUUAGCAGACAGAAGAAAACCUACCAAAGAGGAUGAACAAGCUGCAGAGACUGCUUCAGAGCAAGAUCUUGAUCCUGACAAUAUGUGCUGCUGGGAUUGGAGGCACUUUCCAAUAUGGUUACAACAUCUCUAUCAUCAAUGCUCCAACUUCAUACAUCCAGAUGUUCAUGAAUGAAACCUGGUUGGAGCGCACAGGUGUGCCCCUUGAAAGCAACAUGAUCCUGCUGCUGUGGUCUUUCACUGUCUCUGCGUACCCUCUGGGUGGACUCACUGGGGCUGUUGUUGCUGGUCCCAUGGCCAUCAUGCUGGGAAGGAAGAUGUCCCUGCUGCUGAACAAUGUCUUUGUAAUCAUAGCUGCAGUCUUGUCAGGAUUCAGCCGAAUGGCAAGAUCUUUUGAAAUGAUUAUGCUCAGCAGAUUUUUUACUGGUGUGAAUGCAGGUGUAAGCAUGAAUAUUCAGCCCAUGUAUCUGGCAGAAAGUGCCCCAAAGAAGCUCAGAGGAGCUGUGGCCUUGACCUCUGCAUCGUUUACAGCCCUGGGGUUGGUGCUGGGGCAGAUUGUUGGACUCAGGGAGCUACUAGGAGGGGAGGAGAACUGGCCAUUCCUUUUAGCUAGCAAUGUGGUGCCUGCCCUCAUCCAGCUCACAGCUCUGCCUUGGUUCCCUGAAAGUCCCAGAUACCUCUUGAUUGACCGUGGAGAUGAAGAAUCCUGCAUCUCUGCCCUGCAGAAGCUCAGAGGCCACAGUGACCUGAGUGCAGAGCUGGAGGAGAUGCUGGCUGAACAGGCAGCUGUUAAAGGUCAGAGAGCGAAGAACCCUUGGGAGCUCCUCCAAACUCCAGCUUUGAGGUGGCAGCUGAUGAGUAUCGUUGUGCUGAGCAGCGCCAUGCAGCUCUGCGGGAAUGACUCGAUGUAUUUUUAUGCAGCUUAUGUGUUCCAAGAGGCUGGAAUUCCUCAGGAUAAAAUCCCAUAUGUUGUAAUCGGCACGGGGAGCUGUGAACUCAUCACAUCUGUCACUUGUAACAUGAUUAUAGACUACGCUGGUCGGAGGCCACUGCUCCUGGGGGGAUAUAUCUUCAUGGCAGGAUGGGCCAUUGUCUUCAUGGUUGCUCUGAGCCAGCAGACUCAGAUUAGCUGGAUGCCUUAUCUCAGCAUGGCCUGCAUUUUCGCCUAUAUCCUGAGCUUUGGAAUCGGACCAGCUGGUGUAACAGGAGUUCUGCCCACAGAGGUUUUUGAUCAAAUGUCCCGGCCAGCUGCUUACAUGAUCUGUGGCUCUCUGCUCUGGUUCAACCUAUUUCUGGUCGGAACAGCCUUUCCAUUCAUUGUGAAAAGUCUAGCACAUUUCUGCUACAUCCCAUUCCUUGUGGUCUGCAUCUGCACUGCACUCUACGUUGGGUUUUUCCUUCCUGAGACAAAGGGAAAGUCCUUCCUGGAAAUUUCAGAGGAGUUCAAGAAACGGAACUUCAAAGCUCAGACCCAUGCAGUUUUUUAUAAAGGCCCUGAAGAGAUCAAAUCCACCAUGUUGUAGAAGAAGAAAGGAGGAUGGUAGCUGGGGGACAUUCAGCAGUGGCUACCCUCUCUUUCAGGGACACAAAGAGAGAAGUAGAGUUAGGGACAAUAUAUUACUCUUAGGUUCUUAGAUCCACCUGGAAAAGAU